UCCAUAUAAGCGUGUCAUUAAUCUUCGUCCUCCGUUUUCAAAUUUUUUUUUCUCCUUUGAAACUUUUUCUCAUUUUACACUCACCUCCUUCUGUCUACUCCAUUGAAGCUCGAACUCAUUCUCCAUUGAAGCGGCUUCUGAGCUUGCUCUCCUCCAUUGAAGCAGCUUCAAAGGUUAUGUUACAUAUUGUUGGACUUAUUUUUGUGUAGAACGUCUUGAGCCAUGAUAUGAGAUUGGUUGAUCUUGAAUAGUCGCGAUCAUGGGAACCAAGGCGGCGUUGAAGUGGUCUAAGAAGAUUACAACAUCACAGGUGGAACAGCUAAUUCGAGCUGAAAAAGACUUGUAUAAGGCUAUUGCGAUAUUUGAUUCGGCAACAGCUGAGUACAAAAAUGGUUUUAAACAUGACCACACUACUUUUGGGCGAAUGAUCUCUAGAUUAGUCUCUGCUAAUCAGUUUAGACCUGCAGAGGAGCUUCUUGACAAAAUGAAGGAAGAGAAGUGUCAGGUUAAUGAGGAUAUAAUCCUCUCCAUUUGUAGGGGAUAUGGUCGAGUUCAUAAGCCAUUGGAGGCUGUUAGGAUUUUUAAGAACGCGAAAGGAUAUGAAUGUGAACUCACUGAUAAGACUUACAUCUCUAUCUUUUCAAUUCUUGUUGAUGAAAACCAGUUAAAGAUGGCCAUGAGUUUUUACCGUUACAUGAAGAAAAAAGGUAUUCCACCAUCAGUUGUUUCUCUUAAUAUCUUGAUUAAAGCCCUUUGUAAGAGCAAUGAGACAAUUGGUGCUGCCAUUAAUAUAUUUCGUGAAAUGCCACAUCGUCAGUGCCCUCCAGAUUCAUAUACUUAUGGCACAUUGAUUAGUGGGUUGUGUAAAUGUGGAAGAAUUGAGGAAGCAAAUGAACUUUUCAGAGAAAUGGAUACAAAGGGUUGCCUACCCUCUGUUGUUACGUACACUACUUUGAUGCAUGGUCUGUGCAAAUCUGAAAAGUUGGGUGAUGCUCUGACAUUGUUUGAGGAGAUGAGAAGCAAAGACAUUAAGCCAAAUGUAUUUACCUACAGUGCGUUGAUGGAUGGUCUUUGCAAGCAUGGACGAUCUUUACAUGCCUUAGAUCUACUGGAUAUGAUGCUUCACCAUAAUCUUUCUCCCAACAUGGUAACUUAUAGCACUCUAAUUCCUGGACUUUGUAAAGAUGGGAAUCUUUGUGAAGCUGUAAAACUUUUUGACAGAAUGAAACUUCAAGGUCUUAAACCUGAUGCUGCACUGUAUGCUAAGAUCAUUAGUGGUUUCUCUGACUUGGGCAAGUUCCGGGAGGCUGCCAAUUUCCUUGAUGAAAUGGUCCUUGCUGGAAUCUCACCGAAUAGGUUAACUUGGAGUACUCAUGUUAGGACUCAUGCUGCUGUCAUACAAGGACUUUGUGUGGUUGAUCUCAAUCGAGCAUUUCAUGUGUACCUAAGUAUGAGAACCAGGGGUCUGUCUGUUGAAUCUGAAGUGUUUAGUUCUCUUAUCAAUGGCUUCUGCAAGAAAGGAGACUUGCACAAUGUUUGCCGCAUUCUUGAUGAGAUGGUUUGUGAUGGUUGUCUACCAGAUGAGGAGAUAUGGAAGACUACCUUAAGAGUUUUUCUCGAUCAAAAAAAGAUAUUGAAGACCAUAGAAAGCUUUCACAUGCUGUUGGUACAGGAUAUUGAUGAGCUUGAGAAAUUAUCGAUUGAUCAAAAUACCUAUGAAAUAUAAAAGCUCAAGACUAAGUAUAUAGUAGUUCGGUGGGUUUAAGUUUUUGAUGGCUCUCCUUGCUAGUAGCUUUCGGCCAUCAACAAUGAUCUAGAUUGAAGGAAUAUCUCCUGCAAGGUGGGUUGCUGUUUAUAGGUUUGUUUUCCUUUACUUUUUUUUUCUUUCAGUUCGUGUUCAAGGGUACUACUGUAUCUUGACUAUUUUUUCUAUACAUCUUUUUAUGGCACUCGAAACAUUUGUAAGGAUUAUUUAAUUUGACAAAGUCGGUUUUGAACCACAGCAUUUGAUCUGGUGCAAAAUAUACCUUAGUAUGGUAGUUUUAUUUGUUCCAAUGCUCAGAAUAUUAAGGUAUGUUCUCAGCAAUAAAUGUAUAAUCAUAUACUAAAAAAAACGAGACCAUAUCAAAGAAGAUUUGCUAGAUUCUGGAAUAGUCUGAGAUCUGAAUGCAAAUGAAUGUGAUAAGUCAUUUCUGUCUUAUGACUGGUAGUAUCCUUUGUUUUUGCGAAAUGAUAUUAUUUAGGGCCUUUUACUCUAAAAGGAAUAUAUUGCUGUGUUAUUUGUCAUUGGUUGUUCCUAAUGUAGAUGAUAACCUUUAAUCUCCCUUUUUAUUUUCCACUUUUUGUUCAUAGCACAAGAAAUCCUGUGUUGCCUUUCUAUCUUGAACAACUACCUAUAAUCUCCCCUUUAUUUCCCAAUUUUUGUUCAUAGCACUAGGAAUCUUGUGAUACUUUUCUAUUGUGAACAACUUGUUGAAAGUAGCUUAAGUUUAGCUGCUUGUUUCUUAUUGCAGACUUGUAUUUGGUAAUUCUGUCUUCAUCCUUCUAUCUCUUUCCUUUUUUUGUAUCAGUUAUUUAUUUAUUUAUUUCAA